GGCUAUUAGCCUAUGAGACAAGAUUGUAUAUAAGGGGCUGUUAGUCAUGUUAAGAUUCAUCAACUUCAAGUCAGCCCAUCUGCUUGUUUCCCUUGUUGAGACGGAGUAUAAGUUCCGUAGUCACUACAAUACAACAAUGUAUAAAUCAGUAGCUGCUGUGCUUCUCUUGGUCGCCAUGGUUACCGCCAAUGGUGGAUACGGAGGCGGUUACGGUGGAGGCUGGGGAGGAUUCGGAGGUGGAUGGGGAGGACUCGGUGGUGGAUGGGGAGGUAAAGGUGGAUAUGGCUACGGUGGAGGACUUGGAGUAGGCCUUGUUGGCAUUGGCGGAUUCGGAGGACUCGGCGGAUGGGGACGUGGUGGAGGAUACGGCGGUGGAUACGGCGGUGGAUACGGAGGUGGAUAUGGUGGUGGAUACGGCGGUGGAUACGGGGGUGGUUACGGUGGAUACGGCAAAGGUGUUGUCAGCGUCUUGCCCGUUGUUGGUGUCAGUGGUGGCUAUGGAGGCUACGGAUAUGGUGGUGGCAAAGGUUACUACUAGACAACAUAACUUCAAUCUGAGUACAAGACCAAAUUUAUAGCCGAAAUAUGUUGCAAUAAAAUAAUAAAAUAAAGAGAUCUAUUUGUACAUACA